UUCGUCGCUGACCUAACCCUGCUCCAGGCGGCACCAUCAAUGCCACGCCCCCCGUGCUGCUCUGGAGCUAUGUCGUAGCUACAGGGGGCGGAGACUUGGGCCGAGUCUCUCGGAGCCUAAAGGGAGGAGGAGCUGCCGUCAGAAGCCCGAGUCUUCCGGUUUUUCUGCGGCCGCGCCACCUCCCUCCGAAGCUUGGGAUACGCCCUCGCGAGAGCCGCCGUCGCCCUGAUUUAAGCAUCGAACCUCUUAGAGUUGCUGCGCAGCAACUCCAGCCCGACGUUCUCUCUCUCUGGUUCUCGCCCUUUAGAGAACCUCGGCCCCACACUGCCCACUUUCCUGGAUGAGCUGUCCCCUCUCACCCCUCUAAAAUGUCCAAUAACCUACAGAGAGUCUUCCUGAAACCCGCAGAGGAAAAUUCAGGCAACGCCUCGCCUUGUGUUUCAGGCUGCAUGUACCAAGUAGUGCAGACGAUUGGCUUGGAUGGAAAAAAUCUUCUGCAGUUACUUCCAAUUCCUAAUUCUUCUGGAAAUCUUACACCGCUAGUUCAAUCUCCAGUCAUGUCUGAUGCUUUAAAGGGGAAUACAGGAAAACCAGUUCAAGUUACCUUUCAGACUCAGAUUUCCAGCCCUUCCACAAGUGCAUCAGUUCAAUUGCCCAUUUUUCAGCCAGCCAGUUCUUCAAACUAUUUUCUUACAAGAACAGUAGAUACAGCAGAAAAAGGUAGAGCUACUUCUCUGGGCACUGAAAACUUUACUUCAUCAGUUUCUAAAGUUCAAAGUCAUGGUGUGAAAAUUGAUGGACUCACCAUGCAAACAUUUGCUGUUCCUCCCUCCUCAACACAAAAUGAUUCAUCUUAUAUUGUAAUUAAUACCCAGAGUCUUCCGAUGACUGUGAAGUCUCCUGUUUUGCCUUCUGGGCAUCAUAUACAGAUUCCAGCCCAUGCUGAAGUGAAAUCUUUACCAGCAUCAUCAUUGCCUCCUUCAGUUCAGCAAAAGAUAUUGGCAGCUGCAACCACAAGUACCUCAGGAACAGUUGAGGCAUCCCAAAUGCCAACCGUUAUUUAUGUAUCUCCUGUAAAAACAGUGAAAAAUGUAGUAACCAAGAACUUUCAAAACAUUUAUCCAAAACCUGUUACAGAAAUAGCAAAGCCGAUGAUACUAAAUACCACACAAAUUCCAAUGAAUGUUGCUACAGAGACACAAUUGAAAGGUGGUCAGCAUUCUCAAGCUGCUCCAGUGAAAUGGAUUUUUCAAGAAAAUCUACAGCCUUAUACUCCAUCUCUUGUUCCUAUUAAGUCUUCAAAUAAUGUGGCUUCAAGGAUUUUAAAAACUUUCGUAGAUAGGAAGAGGUUGGGAGAUAAUACCAUAAGUAUGCCACCAUUGAGUACCAUCGGUCCUAGUGCAACACAAUCCAAAAGUAUGUCAAUUAAAGAUAAUGCUUUGGUUAUGUUUAAUGGGAAAGUCUAUCUAUUGGCUAAAAAGGAGACAGAUGUUCUGCCAUCACAAAUUGACCAACAGAAUUCUGUUUCUCCUGAUCCUCCACUAAGAAAAGAUACUUUACAGAUAGUGAGUCCAAGUCCAGUCACAGAAAUAUCCAAAGAGGUUGUAAAUAUUGUUUUGGCUAAAAGUAAAUCUUCCCAGAUGGAGACAAAAUCAUUGUCCAGUACCCAGCUUGCUUUCAUGGCCAAUCAAAGGGCAGAGAAGAAUAAAAACAUUGAGAAAUUAUCUCCUCCCACAAAUCCACAUAAUAUGAAUCGAUCCAAUAACUGCUUAAAACAGAGUAAGACUUUAUUCACAAAUCCACUCUUUCCAGAUGGAUUUAGUACAGGACAAAAUGCCCCCAGAAAAGGAAAUAUCAUCCAGAGCAUAGAGAAAAUAAGUUCCUCUGUUGAUGCAACAACUAUUACUUCACAACAGUGUGUUUUCAGAGACCAAGAACCAAAGAUCCAGAAUGAAAUGGCAUCAACAUUAGAAAAAGGUACUAAAGAAAAAAACAAGAAAAUUUUGCAAGGAAGAAAUAAUAAGAUAUUGUCUCUGAAGAGUGAUGCUGAAUUUAAAAAGAUAUUUGGUCUCACUAAAGAUUUGAGAGUGCGCCUUACUCGAAUUCCUGACCAUUUAGGCUCUGGAGAAGGUUUUCAUGCCUUUAGCAGUUUGGUGAAGAGUGGUGCUUACAAAGAUACAGAGUUUAUGGUGAAGACCGAAGAAAGAAAACAGAGUUUUGAUAAGAAAAGAAAAGCAAAAUCCAUGAAGAAGAUGGAUCACACAAAGAAGAGAAAAACAGAGGGUGCUCAUGACACAGUCAUAAAUGGGGAAACUAAUGUCACUAGUUACCAGCUCCAUAGUAGUAUUUUACCACCUUCAGAUGUAUCACAACAUAUUCUUCACACAAGCUGUAGCAAAAGCAAGGAAGAAAAGAAAACUGGGAUAGAACACCAUAUCCAUGAAAAGCAGGAGAAAGGCACAUUGAAUUCAAAUGCAGCUUAUGAACAAAGCCAUUCCUUUAAUAAAAAUUAUACUGAAGAUAUUUUUCCUACAACACCACCAGAGUUAGAGGAAACCAUUCGAGAUGAAAAAAUAAGAAGACUUAAGCAGGUGCUGAAAGAAAAAGAAGCAGCUCUUGAAGAAAUGCGUAAGAAGAUGCACCAAAAAUAAUAAAAUCUUGUAUAUGUAAAGAUUUCAAUGAAAUGCCGUUGUUGUUUUUUUUAAUUUCAGAAUAUUACUGGGUACACAUGUUUUGGUUACAUAAUUUACUUUUGUGUAUUUUAAGUCAACAUUGUAAGUGUACCCUUCACCCAGAAUGUGUGCAUUGUUCAUUUGGGUAUGAAUUAACCCAACCCCUCUUCCCCCCACACCUACUUGGUUACUGUUGAGUAUUACUUUUUAAAUAUACUUUCGUAUUAAUAAGUUAAUUAUAAAUGUAUUCUGAAAGUGUAUUUCGAUAUGAAACUUGCUUUUUUUGUCAGUUGAUUAUACGAUUUUAUUUAAGGAAUACAGAAAAAAGUUGAUUCACAUAAGGCUUGUGAGUUAUCUGUGUAAGGGUAUCAAAACCUUUGUCUUUGAUACCUUUUUUUGGAAGGAAAAAUUUUCUGUUUUUCUAUUAUUUUAAUUUGGGUUCUAUAAGUUUGAAUAUUAUUUUUGCAGGAUUUUUAUUAUUAUUUAUAUCUUUAGCUAAAUUGCUCAGGUAUUACUGUAAUAGAUAAUUAUUGUAAACUAUUGAAAUUCUACAAUCCAAGAGAAAUAUCAGCUCUAAACUUAGCUUUACCACUAGAUUUGUAUAUAUACUUGUUUGGUCUUUUUACCCAUAAAGUCAUGAUAUACUCUACUUACCAUUUUGUUAUUUUUUGUUUCAUCAAAGAAAAUGUAUUAUGGUAGCAUUAUUUAAAUAUUCAAACAUUUCUAAAGAGUGAGGGAUACUUGUUUUGUAACUUUACAGAGUGAUUUUAUACAAUCCAAAAUUUGCUUUGAAUUCAGGCUAUUUGGUAUAAUGUUUGCUUGAGGUGAUGUUUAUUCUUACGCAAACGUUGCUUUUUCUAUAGUGGGGAGGGGGAGAAAUAUGCACAUAUAUUAGAUUGUGUGAAAGAUCUGAACGGUAGUCUCAUGUAAUACUUUUAAGAUCAUCAAGUAUUUUUUUUAUCUGGUUAAUCUUUGAUUUGGGAAAGUUUGGGAGUGGUAUGGAGAUAGAAAUUAAGAGAGGGGAGAUAAGGUUUUGAAAAAUGAUUAACAGAUCCCUGGAAGUAAGAGAAGUUAAAAAAAAAAAAAAAAACCUGUACAAUAGCAAAAAAAAAAAUAGUAAAUCAGAAAAGUACUAAAAGGAAAUGAAACAAAUACAAAUGUCAAGUAGAUUCUGUUAAUGUUUUUUCUUUUUAGUAACAGUUUUACUAAAAUAUAAUUCAUUGUCAUUGUGCAGUGGCUCAUGUCGAUAUUCUUAGCACUUUGGGAAGCCAAUGAGGGAGGAUCCCUUGAGCUCAAAAGUUCCAGACUAGCCUAAACGAGACCCCGUUUCUACUAAAAAUAGAAAAAAUUAGCCGUGCAUUGUAGCAGGUGCCUCUAGUUCCGGCUACUUGGGGGUCUGAGACAGCAGGAUUGUUUGAACCCAGGAGUUUCAGGGUGCUGUAAGUAAGGCUAAUGCCACAGCACUCUAGUCUAGGACCAUGGAGUGAGACUCUUAUCUCAGAGAAAAAAAUAUCCAUAUACCAUAAAAUUUAACCUUAUAAAGUGUACAAUUCACCGUUUUUUAUUAUAUUCACAGAGUUGUACAAACAUCACUUUAAAGGACAUUUUCAACACUCCCAAAAUAAACCUGAUACCCAUUAGAAGUCACUCCCCAUCUUCUCUUUUUCCUCUUAAGGCAACCACUUAAUACACUUUCUAUGGAAUAACCUAUUCUGAAAAUUUCAUGUACUGGAAUCACACAAUUAUUAUUUUCUUUUGUGAUUGGUUCUUUCACUGAAACCUGAUACUUUCAAUGUUUGUGUAGCAUAUAUCAAUACUUUAUUUCUUAAUAAUAUUCCAUGAUAUGGAUAUACUACCAUUUGUUUAUUCAUCUAGUUAUGGACAUUUGGGUUUUCACUUUGAGCUACAAGUUUUUAUGUGGAUAUGUGUGUUUAAUUCUCUUGGGAAUACACCUAGAAGUGUAAUUGCUGGGUCAUAUGAUAACUCAGUGUUUGACAUAAGAUCAACCAACAAACUUUUAUGCUUUGCUUCCCCUAUUCCACUGAAAGAUCUUGUCAAGGUCCCAGUAACUUUCAUGUUGCUAGAUACCAAAAUGUGAUUUCAUGCAUUACUUUCUUUGAAAAAGUGUU